AUGCUCUAUUUUCGGCGACUAUUUGUAAGUGCCUUAUUGGUACUUUUAGUUACAUCGGCUAACGCUGAUACUGACGAUUCUGAUGAUGAAGUUACUGUUGAGGCUGUGGAAGAAGAGCAAUACCAAAGCCCAGAAAUUGAUCCCAAGAAAUUUUAUCUAGCAGAGCAUUUUGAUGAUGAAGCCGCAUUUAAAAAGAGAUGGAUUAAAUCUGAAGCAAAGAAACAGGGUGUUGAUGAAAAUAUUGCUAAAUAUGAUGGCAUAUGGGAGAUCCAAGCACCAUCAAGACGCAUUAUGAAGAAUGAUUUGGGCCUUGUCCUCACAACAGAAGCGAAGCAUGCGGCAAUAUCUGCUCUGUUGGACAGACCCUUUGAGUUCAAGGACAAACCACUUGUUGUCCAAUAUGAAGUUACAAUGCAAGAAGGUCAAAACUGUGGUGGGGCGUACCUCAAACUUCUUUCCCGCGGGAUGAACACCAAGGCCGAUCUCCGUCAGUUUCACGACCAAACGCCGUACACCAUCAUGUUCGGGCCCGACAAGUGUGGGAAUGACAACAAACUGCAUUUCAUCUUCAGACAUAAGAACCCCCUAAAUGGCACCAUCGAAGAGAAACACAGCAAGAAACCUACGCAACGUCUCGAUGACAUUUACAAAGACAAAGAACCACAUCUCUACACUCUGAUUGUCCGUCCGGACAACACAUUCACCAUAUUAGUAGAUAACAAGGAGGUCAACUCCGGCUCGCUGUUGGAGGACUUCACCCCUCCAGUCAAUCCCCCGGAAGAGAUUGAGGACCCUAAUGACAGGAAACCUGAGGACUGGGAUGAGAGGGAGAAGAUAGUGGACCCCACCGCCACGAAGCCCGCGGACUGGGACGAGAGCGCGCCGGCGCAAAUCGUGGACCCCAACGCGGUGAAGCCCGACGGCUGGCUUGACGACGAGCCGGAGACAAUACCAGAGCCGGGUGCGACGAAGCCGUCGGACUGGGACGAGGACAUGGACGGCGAGUGGGAGGCGCCGCACGUGGACAACCCGCGCUGCGAGGCCGCGCCCGGCUGCGGGCCCUGGUCGCCGCCCAACAUACCCAACCCCAACUAUAAGGGCGUGUGGCGCGCGCCGCUCAUCCCCAACCCCAACUACAAGGGCAAGUGGACGCCGCGCCGCAUCCCCAACCCUCACUACUUCAACGACCAGCACCCCUUCCGCAUGACGCCUAUCCACGCGGUGGGCUUCGAGCUGUGGUCGAUGUCGCCGCAGCUGCUGUUCGACAACGUGGUGGUGAGCGACGACGAGGCGGCGGCGGCGGCCUGGGCGCGCGCCACCUUCCUGCUCAAGCGCGCCCGCCUCGCGCGCGACUCGGUAUGCCGCCGCACGCGACCACUAUACACGACCACUACACACGAUCACCAC